AUGGAGGAGGUGAUGGAGGAGGUGCUGGAGGAGGUGAUGGAGGAGGUGAUGGAGGAGGUGAUGGAGGAGGUCAUGGAGGAGGUGAUGGAGGAGGUGCUGGAGGAGGUGCUGGAGGAGGUGAUGGAGGAGGUCAUGGAGGAGGUGAUGGAGGAGGUGCUGGAGGAGGUGCUGGAGGAGGUGAUGGAGGAGGUGAUGGAGGAGGUGCUGGAGGAGGUGAUGGAGGAGGUGAUGGAGGAGGUGCUGGAGGAGGUGCUGGAGGAGGUGAUGCAGGAGGUGAGGAGGAGGUCAUGGAGGAGGUGA